UUUCACUCACACUCACCCGGUGGGACCCUCAGGAAUUCAAAUUAACCGGCCAGACUUCACCGUGCGACUGACAUGUUGCGAUGUUUCGCGCAGACAUACAGAACGUGCGCUUGUUUCGGGUCAUUCUGUUGUGUUUUGCGCUUUUUCCGGACGCUGGCUGCAGGGCAGCCGAUGCAGGCAGCAGGGCAGCCGAUGCAGGCAGCUGUCAUGAGGUGAAGAUCGCCUACAUGAUGCGCCAGAUAGGCCCCGUGGAACUGGUGCCAGAAAGACCCGGUACAGGGGAGCCGCUGAGAGUGUGUGUGCAUGCUGGGCCCAGCUGCUGUACAAGUAAAAUGGAGGACAGCUACAUGGCAGCUGUUCGUAGCGAGAUGCAGCACAAGAUGCGAUCCUACAGCUUCGAACUCAAAUACCUGAUUGAUGGACAUGGAAAGGCCUUCCAAGAAACCUUUGAGUCACUCGUGUCCUUCACAUCGAACCUGACAUGCAGUCUGUUUGACAGCGCCUACUCCGCUCUCGCGUCAGACUGCCGGCUUCCUGUGUUCCAGCUGUUUUCUGACAUCAGCCGCCACCUUUCAGGAGACGCUAACUCCUCCCUGAACAACGCAGUGCGCCGGUUUUACAACGAUCUCUUUGCGCUGGUGUACCGGCGUGUCCUCAACCCCGGGAUUGGCCGUCCAUCAGCAAUAUCCCAUUUAUCCUUCUCAUCCAAACACGAUGACUGCCUGCGGAUGACGCAGCAGGAUGUCAGCCCGUUCGGACCUUAUCCUCGGCUGCUCGUCAGCAGCCUGUCUCGCGCUCUCGGACCCGGUCGGGCACUGAGCCGGCUGCUGAGGCUGGCAGGAGAAGUUGUGAAUUCAACAGAGAAAGUGACCUUAUCCAGGGAGUGUGGACGGGGAUUAGUAAAGAUGCAGUACUGUUCACACUGCAGAGGUCUGACCCUGAUACGGCCCUGCACUGCACUGUGUCACAAUGUCAUGAAAGGUUGUCUGGUGGGUGUUUCUGAGCUUGGUGCCCCCUGGGGACGCUCGGUGGUAUUGCUCCAAAGGUUAGCUGCUACUUUAGCAACCAGCAGCAACCACAACAGCAUGGAGCUGGCUCUGCUGGCAGUACGAAACCACGUGAAUGAUGCAAUACUACACGCACAACUGCACGGUCCACGAAUCACAGCGACAGUGGAGAAGGUUUGUGGGCCCCAGGAACCUGGUUUCAUGCUUAUGGAUACGAAGUCGCCGUCCCAAAUACACCCUGCAACCCGGGCAACAGUACUCGCCUCCAGGAAGUCGGCGGUAACUCUGCCUGCUUCACCUCAUCGCCAUUUGCAUCCCCAGAAGUCAUUCCCCCUUAAAGGUGCUAAAGGAGACAAAAGUCGAAGCCUGAAAAAACUAUCAAGGGAAUUUGAGAUCUCCAUCCAGCGGUACCAGUGGUUUCUGUCUGAGCUGCCAGAAAUGCUUUGUGAAAGUGAAAUGGAGGUUGAGCAGCACACAUGCUGGAGCGGUGAAGAUGUUGUAGAAAGUUAUGCAGGUCACGUUGUUGGCAGCACUUUGAAAGCCCAGAAGGAGAAUCCAGAGAUGUCUAUACGCCACACAGAUCCUGCCCUCAAGGACGUGAAACAAAGGCUGGAGCUGCUAACGCAGGAGCUGCUGGUGGAGCUCGGCUGGGCAAGCAGGAAAAGAGGAAGAGGGGAGGCAGGGGACGGAGGGAGCGCCCCGACAGAUGGGAGCGGUGGAGACGAUUGUGAUGACGAGGACGGCUGUGGAGCAUCUGGUGAAGAGAGCGGUGAUGAUUCUUCAAGCGGCCGUAGUCCAGAAACAAAAGACGCGCCUCCUGUCGCUCCUCGUCGCCCAGUUCCUCCAGUUCCUCCAGUUCAAAAUUCACCUCCCCAGGUGGCUGUUCACGGCUCAGCCCAUUCGACGACCUUUGAACCCCUGACUGGGUUAAUUACUGCUCUGCUCCUGAUGCUGUGGCCAUGGGAAACCCGCUGACAACAUGCUGCAUGUUACUGAGGCGGCUGAAGGAGAGCCGAGCGCUGCGUGUUGCCAUGUUGGAGACGUAACGGUUCAGCCAAAAUGUUGUGAUUGGUGGAACAAGCUGCUGGUGCAAAGAAAACCUUGUUUUACAAUUACCUGUAACUGACCUACCUAAUGGUGAUAGGAUAGUUCGCACAGCAUUACUGACGGUUUGUUUUUGUUUGUUUUUUUGGAGAAGAUGUAAAUACAGUAUAUAUAAAUUAUAUAUUUAUAUUGAGAGGUUCAAUAGAAAAUAGCCUGAUGUGUACAUUGAGUUUAUUGUAGAACAAAAUGGUGAAAUACAGGGAUGGUUAUGGGUUUUCUUAUUUCAACAUAGUCAAGAAAUGAAUUUACAUUUUCCUUUUUGUUACUGCACCACUACAGUAAAACUCCUGCAAACAUGUAAUAUUUGUCAAAAUGAGGAUGGAGCAUGCAGGACGAUCCUUUCUUAAACAAACUUAUCUGAUGCUUCUGCUGCUUGUCAGUCUGUGCACACUGGUCUCGCCUUGCAGGGUUUAUCUGCAUAGAAAGACUUUGUGAUAAUCUGAUUGCAAAAGGUUUCGUCUGGGAUAUUUUGUCAUUACGCCCUGCAAUGAUUGGAUUCUUAAACCAAUAAGAAACAUCCUCAGCCGUGCUUAGCCCAGCUUUUUUUGUUGACUAAUUGAGGCAUUUGGUGUCAUUAAUUGGUAUUUGUCAUCAUUUGGUAUUAUUAAUUUACUGUUAUGCGCCAAUAACAUAAAUAAAUAAUGCUAAAAAACUGUAGAAAAACUCACAACCACUUUUUGUUUUGUUUUUUCUCGAGGUGUUAGCUACGCUAUAUGUUUAGGAUUCAACACCAACAAAGACUGAAACGUUUCCCACACAAAGAACAUUCAGUCCAUUACAGUUUCAUGUUUUUAGACUUGAUAUUUAUGUUGCGGUUAUUAGUAAGUGAUCGCCGUGGUCGAUUAGCUACCGCUGUUAGCUAAUUUAACGCAGCUGUGGCAGAUUAGCUAAUUUCAACACCUCCUCUACUGAUGAGCUAUCAGAGUUGGUGUUUUAGUAGCUUUUUAAAACGUUUUAACUGAACCGAAAACACGGAGAAUUCCACAGCACAUCUACAUGUUAUGGUUUUCAUAGUCAAGCUAGCAUAACUGAACUACUGAACUACUUCCUUGUCAUUCAGUUGUCGUACUGCAUCCCCUCUAAUUUUAUAUAUCUCAUCUACAAUUAAGUUUUUGCACAUUAUACUGAUAACUAAAAACCAAUGCUAGCCAUUGGUUUUAGCCGUUAAAACCAAUGGCUAGCAUUGGUUAGCAUUGGUUUUAACAAUGCCAGCCAUUGGUUAGCCCCAUCUUUCUGUUUUGCCCUCCAACAUAAAGAUGGGGCAGGGUCCAUAUUUAACUGUUUCCAAUCUAGUCUGCCUGGGCAGAUUAGAUUUACCCUGGCAAGAUACAUAGAGACUGAAAUCUGAUUGGAUGAAACGUCAAUAGUCCACACAGACGUGUAUUGGAAGCAAUAAGCCAAGAGAAAGGCUACAGAAAAAGAGAAUAGACUAUUGGAAGUAAACUAAUACAAUUUAAAUGAACAAACAUUAUAAUUUAGGUUGUAGAUAUUCUGAUAUUGUUUGGGCUAGUAGAGAAAGCCAAGCACUGGAUUUGAGCCAAGAAACAUGCAGUUAUCAGGUGAAACAUCGUCAGAACAAAAGUAAUUGGGUCUCAGGCUGUGAACGCUCUCCCAUCAUUCUCAGUUUGAGUGUAAAAAUUAACAUGUGCACAGGAGUGUUGUAUUGAGAUUGUGGUAUAAAAAAAGACUUCACCAAUUUCAUAUUUGCAAGGUUAUGUUUGAAUAUAAAAGAUUUAUUUUCAUAUACAGUAUUUUUAGGCAUGGAAAGCACUUUUGUAUCAUUAGUCUGAUGAAAUGGUGAAUAUUUCUGGAUUUUAGGUGUAAUAAUUGAUUGUAAGUAAGUGAUAGUAAAACAAAGUAUUCUGUAACAAGUUACUACUUUAUGACAGAUAUUAAUAAUUCUGCAAAAGUUGGAGCAACGCCAACUCAUAUUCAGUUACACAGAAAUGACUUUUUGUUGUUUUACAACAGCAAAGUGCUGGGAUUAAGCUGAGCGAUGUCAUUGUGAAAUGAAUAAAUGACUACAUCCAA